AUGGAUCAAUCAUCUAUUACACAUGAUUUUAGUAUUUCAUCGAUAUUGACAAUUGGUUUUGGUGUUGCAGAUCCGAAUAAUGAUCGUCAAUCAGAUUCUAGUUCAAUUGAAUCCUUCGAACAAUUAUAUUUUAGUAAAAUACCAUUUAAUCAAAUAGAAAAUAUUGAUCAACGUGUGAUCGAACGUUGGUCAUCAAUUGAUCAACCUUCAAUGACAUUUUAUCGUGUUUAUAUGCAAGAUAAUUCUGAUAAUUUCUAUCAACCUGUUACUGAAAAACGUUUACAUUCAUUUAUUGAACAAUCAAAAGCAAUGGAAUAUGUUGAUCUUGAAAUGAAUUUUUUUUAA